GAUCGGACUGUCCAUAUUGUUGUCAAAGACGCAAAGAACGUCACGAUAAUUUUAUAAUAAAAGAUUGAAAGAAAAAUGUAGUGAAAACUAUCAAUUUUGGUAGUGAAAUAUGGGUAGUGGAAGUUCUACGGCUGCUGAGGGCGUUACCGCCAACCCUCGCCUUGUUUACACGGACAGUAUGUCUAAACGCGAAAAGAAACAAUACAAGUUGGACACCCCCGUCUUAGUGGAUGUUGAGCAUGGAUCUGUGAGGUACAGAUAUGGCAGUUAUGAGGGUGAACCAGCUGAUAAAGCCCGGAGAGUGGAGCGGCCAUUUCAGGGCGAAGAUAAAGUCGGCAAACACAAUUAUUUUUAUCAUGCGAGACUCGACGACUUUAGUGAAAAGUCUAACCCUGUUAUAGAAGACCAGCAUAAGUUCCGUAUUGUGACCAAGGGUCCUCCCCGAGCCAAAGACAAGAAGUUGUUCUAUGUGUACAGCAUUGGUUGGAAUAAGAACGCGGAUGGCAAAAGAGUUCUGCCGACCAUGUCUAAAGAGGAGGGGAAAGACUACGCCUGGCCACAAAGAAGGAAACCCAAUGAAGCGUAUUACAAUCUGUCCUUCAGUACUGAAGGUGGGGACUCAUCAGAGAUGUCAGCAGAGGACAGACUUCAACUCAACUUGUCCUCAACAGCUAACAGACAACAUAUCCAAUUACAACUCUCAGAUGAAGAUUCGGUGAGGGAAGUGAAAAAGUACCUGGCUGCUAAAAUUCUAAAAUCCGCCAGUGACAUCCAUGUUUGUUUUGAGAAACAGGAGCUCAGAGAGGAAGAUAUCGUAGGUGAUUUGAGAGAGGAAGAUGAGAGCAGCACUAAAACCUUCUCUGUAAACCUACAGCUGAUAUAGAACACGUCCUGCUGUAAAGAACAUCGACUGAUAACCACUAAAACCUUCUCUGUAAACCUACAGCUGAUUAGAAUACAUCCUGCUGUAAAGAACAUCGACUGAUAACCACUAAAACCUUCUCUGUAAACCUACAGCUGAUAUAGAAUACGUCCUGCUGUAAAGAACAUUGACUGAUAACCAUUAAAACCUUCUCUGUAAACCUACAGCUGAUAUAGAAUACAUCCUGCUGCAAAGAACAUCGACUAUUAACCACUAAAACCUUCUCUGUAAACCUACAGCUGAUAUAGAACACGUCCUGCUGUAAAGAACAUCGACUGAUAACCACUAAAACCUUCUCUGUAAACCUACAGCUGAUAUAGAACACAUCCUGCUGUAAAGAACAUCGACUGAUAACCACUGACAGCUGACCUGUAAAACUCUACAUAAUGCAGUAAUUAAGUACGAGAGAGUGUAACUGACAGCUGACCUGUAAAACUCUACAUAAUGCAGUAAUUAAGUACGGAGAGAGUGUAACUGACAGCUGACCUGUAAAACUCUACAUAAUGCAGUAAUUAAGUACGGAGAGAGUGUAACUGACAGCUGACCUGUAAAACUCUACAUAAUGCAGUAAUUAAGUACGGAGAGAGUGUAACUGACAGCUGACCUGUAAAACUCUACAUAAUGCAGUAAUUAAGUACGGAGAGAGUGUAACUGACAGCUGACCUGUAAAACUCUACAUAAUGCAGUAAUUAAGUACGGAGAGAGUGUAACUGACAGCUGACCUGUAAAACUCUACAUAAUGCAGUAAUUAAGUACGGAGAGAGUGUAACUGACAGCUGACCUGUAAAACUCUACAUAAUGCAGUAAUUAAGUACGGAGAGAGUGUACAAAGUGUACAAAUGAUAACUCAUUUUGUGUAGUGUUUCUUUCUUGGAUAAAUUGAUAUACCAUAUCAGAUACCAAAUAUUAAGUUGUUAUAUGUAUAUCAUUAUAUAAUGUGGUUUUCAUACAUGCUUUCAGCAAAUUUGUAGAUUAUAUAUAUUUGUAUAUUUAUAGUAACUUUAAACAUCAUGCAACGCAUUAUUCAAUUCAUUAACCUGCAUCAUUUUUUUACUUAAAUUUUUUUUUAUGUUUCUAGCAAAAGUGUCUUGAAUCAUAAACAUACCUAUUUACAUGUACUUCUUUUAACAAAUCACUUUAUACAGAUAUAAUUAUGAUAAAUAUAUAUAUCAAAUUUCAAAAUUGUAGAAAAUUCAGAGAUUCCAUAGAUUUACAUUGUUUUCAUAGGAAACUGUUCUUUGAAACUCAUGAUAACAGCAUCCACUUACUAGUGCUGAUGUGAGAAAAUUAUUCGUGCACAAUGUAUUACUGCUCCUACAAGUAAGGGUCUCCGUUAAGAUCCCUACACUCCUAAAAUACCUCGGUAAUAACAAAUUAAAUAAAUGAAAUAAGACGAAGAUACUCCUCCUGGGCACCUAAUCCCACCUCUGUUGUGUCCAGGGGUCCGUGUUUGUCUAACUAUCUAUUUUGUAUUGCUUGUAGGAGUUAUGAGAUUGAUCACUGUUCGUUAUCUUCACCUUGCAUGGUAAUGAAAGUGAAAACCAAACAUAUAUAUAUACAUGAUAACAUAGAAUAAGAGUGUUGUUGCUGAGCCUCUAGCUUGUUGGAGUAAAUGUAUUACAUGUACAAACUGUACUCACUUUGGCACACAAAAACUACAUGUCUUAAUCCAUAAAAAAAACACCAUGAAAUGAUAAUGAACUAAAUAAAUACAUGUACUAGUAUAUAUAUAAAGCAGCACACUUGCAUACUAAUUGAAUUACUUAUUACCUUACUGUGGAUCAGUGGACCAUUUAUCUGUGUAUUGUCAUUAGCAUUACCUUACUGUGGACCAGUGGACCAUUUAUCUGUGUAUUGUCAUUAGCUUGAAGCUGGUCUUCCUCUAUUAAUGAAUUUCUUAUGCCACAAUAAACUGUACAUAGAAAAUACAGCA